AUGGGAUCCCCAGCAGGCACCAACUACACCUCAGUUCCUCCCCAGAAAUGCAGGCGCAGGAGCAGCAGGGCCAGGCAGCUCUGCAGCCCCCUGGACACAGAUUCCCAGGCUCUGCCAGCACUUGGGUAUUUUAAAACACUUCCAUUAGAGAUCUUCCAAAUGGUGUUGAAUUAUCUUUCAGUGAAGGAUAUCAGCAUCCUGAGCAUGGUGUCCAAAACCAUCAGCAACCACCUCAUUAAUUACAUCUCAAGCCCAUCAGGAAACAGAAGGCUCCUGCUGCAAGACUUCCAUAACCUUGAGCUACCUGGCAAGAGGGAAGGAUGCUGCAUUUUAGAGCACUACAAAUCUCUAGGGUUGCUGCUCAAGAGAUGCACACUCCUGCUGCCCACAAAAGACAGGCUCAAGUACGUCCACAAGGUUCUCUCUGAGGUUUCCUGUUUUAAACUCAAUGGUUGUCCAAGUCCUCUGCACUGCUUAGGCCUACAGUGCUAUGGGGUGUUCUUACAGCGGCGGAGGCGGCGGCAGCGAUGGGGGGGGGGAGAUCUGAACCUGAAGAAGAGUUGGCACCCUCAGACCCUGCGCAAUGUGGAAAAGGUUUGGAAAGCCGAGCAGAAACAUGAGGCUGAGAGGAAGAAGAUCGAGGAGCUGCAGCGGGAGCUGCAGGAGGAACGGGCCCGGGAGGAGAUGCAGAGAUACGCGGAGGACAUGGGCACCGUCAGGAAAAAAGAGGAGAAGUUGGAGUGGAUGUACCAGGGCCCAGGAGGGAUGGUGAACAGAGAGGAAUAUCUCAUGGGUCGCCCUGUGGAUAAAUACAUCUUUGAGAAGAAUGAAGACAAGGAUGCUGGCUGCUCCAACGAGACUGGGCUCCUCCCAGGCUCCAUUUUUGCCAAAUCUGGAGCCAAUUCUGUCCUGGAUAUGGCAAACAAGAUCCGGGAGGAUCCCCUCUUCAUGAUAAGGAAGAGGGAGGAGGAGAAGAAGAGAGAAGUUCUCAACAAUCCUGUUAAAAUGAAGAAAAUCAAAGCCUUGCUGCAGAACAGUCUGGAGAAAAAAGAGAAAAAAAAGAAGAAGGAGAAGAAAAAAAAGCACAAGAAGCAUCGACGUCACAGCUCCAGCAGUGACAGCUCCAGCAGUGAGGAGGAGAGAGGCAAAAAUAAGUCCCAGAAGAGGCCAAACAGUUCCUCCUGGAAGUCUCCUCUUCCCAAACUCCCAGGGUGUGGUUUACAGGGCAGGGACUGGGAGCAGAUCCCGCGUUCUCGGAGCUCUCCAACUCCCGGCCAGGAGAGGGCUCCCCAGAAGCACCGCGAUCGCUCCCGGAGCCACUCCCGUUCUCCCCAGAGACGUUCCAGCAGGAAAAAUCCCGAAUUCCGGAGCUCCAGAUCCCCUCCCAAACACGGGAAGCAACACAGCAGUGGGGAGGGGAAGGGCAGAGCAAAGAGCCCCUCCCCCAGAAAAACCCAUCGCAGGCAGCACACCCCAGGCUACACGAGAAAAAUCUCUCCCGAGGAACUGGAGCGUAAACGCCAGGAAAUGAUGGAAAAUGCCAAGUGGAGGGAAGAGGAGAGAGCAAACAACCUCAGGAAACACAGAAAGGAGGAGGAGCUGGAGAGAGAAAUGGAGAAACUCGACUCCAGAGAUGGGAAAUUUUUCCAUCGUUUGAAAUUAGAGAGUGCCUCCACCUCCAGCCUGGAGGAUCGGGUGAAACGCAACAUCCACUCCCUGCAGAGGACUCCUGCAGCCUUGGAAAAAAACUUUAUGCAGAGAUGAGACUUUUAUCCUUCCUCUGCAGAACUGAUUCCCAAAGGUGAGAGAGGGACUUCCCUGCUCCCCCUACCCCAGGAAGAGUUUCCAUCUCCCAGAGUGGUUCUGGAUUGCUGUGCUGGGAGCUGCAGCCUGGUCUGGACUGGGAAUUCCUUUGGAACUUGGGAGACUUUGUGGUCAAUUUCUAACACAUUGCCAGAUCUUUUCCUUCUCUC